AUGCAUCUCCCCCUCUCUUAUCCCGGCCUUGGAUGCGUUUUAGAGCAUUUGGAAGCAGUUAAGCGAGCACAUAUCAUUGCCCGUGCACCAGGCCUUCAGAAAAUUGAUAAAUUGAUUCCACUUUGUCUGAAGAAUCUCUUUAUUGACAGUGAUGAAAUGACUAUCAACAAGUUGUUGAUUGAAUAUGAUAAGGAUGUGUUAGCAGAAACUCUUAUUUUGCACGUCUUUACUCAUCGAAUAGUCAGUGUUGAAGACCUCAAGAAACUUAACAACAAAACUGUGGUAUUUGAAUACUGCAUCUCCUCCAGAGUUGAUAUAAUUCCAUUAAUUAAGUAUUUCGUUGAAACUAAGAAAGAUAUUGGAACCACUUUCGUGAUUGCAACAGAUGGCAAAUAUUUCCUCAGUGAGAUGUUACGUGAGUUUGAACAAGAGUUUGGGGAAUUCCGAUGUGAUUUGGAUGGCGUUAAUGAGAGACUUAUUCCCGGAUUGCCUAAGUUCUCCAUACCAAUCAACAACGAGUCUAGAAUCCAAGUGUACGCUAUCGAGGAUCCAGAAGAAGAUGGUCGAUGGAAAAUUGUUAUCAAACCAGUGUCUGAUAUCUUGGGAUUAUGA